GUCCUGUUAGGCUGGACAUGAGUGUAUCAGGAUUUCGGCUGUAUAUGAGGAUGUCACAGAUAGCGGCAAGAGUCCCAUGCCUGACAAAUCAUAGAUGGAGAGCCAGAAAUGUACUAUUAUGUUGUAGAUCUGUGAGCUCCUCUGCAGACCCUCCUCUCACCGCCGAGCGAUAUAGUGUGUCUCGUCUGCCAUUUUCAGAGGUCUCAGCUGAGGAUAUCGGUCACUUCCAGAAGUUAAUUCCUGGUCGGGUUAUUACAGAUGAAAGUGACCUGAGAUCACAUAACAUUGACUGGCUGAAAACAGUGCGAGGUCGUAGCAAAGUUCUUCUAAAGCCUAAAAAUACAGAAGAAAUGUCACAAAUUCUGAAGUACUGUAAUAGGAGGUACCUGGCUGUGACUCCACAAGGUGGAAACACAGGUUUAGUUGGUGGCAGUGUCCCUGUCUUUGAUGAGAUCCUGGUUUCAACAGCGUUGAUGGACAAGGUGAUUAGCUUUGAUAAUGUUUCAGGGGCCUUGGUUUGCCAGGCUGGCUGUAUUUUGGAAUCUCUGAACCAAUAUCUGGGAGAGCAGGGAUAUAUCAUGCCAUUAGAUCUUGGUGCAAAAGGAAGCUGUCACAUCGGAGGCAACCUAGCUACAAAUGCUGGAGGCCUAAGACUUCUCCGAUAUGGUUCUCUACGUGGGACAGUUCUAGGACUAGAAGCAGUACUUCCUGAUGGGUCUGUUCUAAACUGCCUGAACUCUCUGCGCAAAGACAACACUGGCUAUGAUCUGAAGCAGCUGUUCAUUGGUUCUGAAGGAACUCUUGGUAUCAUAACUGCAAUUUCUAUACUGUGUCCACGCAAACCCAGCACUGUCAAUGUGGCAUUUCUGGGAUGUGAGAAUUUCAGCAGAGUGCUGCAGAUCUUCACCAUGUGCAGAGAUGAACUUGGAGAAAUCCUGUCUGCAUGUGAAUUUCUAGACUCUGAAUGCAUGAAGUUGGUGGAAACUCAUCUGAACCUCACUAACCCUCUGCCAGAGAAUGCCUUCUAUGUUUUGGUGGAAACAUCUGGAUCUUGUGCAAAGCAUGAUGAAGAGAAACUUAACGCAUUUUUGGAGAAGGCUCUGGAUUCGGAGUGCGUGACUUCUGGCACAGUGGCAACAGACCACAGUAAAAUAGCGUCCCUCUGGGCUCUUCGGGAGCGUAUCACAGAGGCUCUAGCACAUGAUGGCUACGUCUACAAAUAUGACUUGUCCAUGCCUGUAGAGAAACUCUAUACCCUGGUUGAAGAAACAAAGGCUCGUUUGGGAUCCUCUGCUCAAUCUGUGGUUGGUUAUGGCCAUUUAGGCGAUGGGAAUUUACAUUUAAACAUCACAGCAAAGGCACACAGUGAUACCUUACUGGCUGCGUUGGAGCCUUUUGUGUAUGAAUGGACCUCUCACCACAAUGGCAGUAUCAGCGCGGAGCAUGGUUUGGGAUUUAAGAAGAGGGACCACAUUUUUUACAGCAAAUCUAGAGAAGCAGUGCAGAUAAUGCAGAAAAUCAAACACAUGCUGGAUCCAAAAGGCAUCAUGAACCCUUACAAGACUAUUCCUACAACUGACAGAUGA